AUGCCUGUUCCUUUUGAGGCCAUCAUUCCUAUGGGCAUUGUCGUUGCCCUCUUCGGCGUGACCGGUACGGGAUACAAUGCCGUUGCGCAUUUGGCAAACGAAGGCAAGCCGGUGCGACACAACCUUGACGAAUGGGAACGCAUGAUGAUGCGUCGUGAUCAACGACUUACAGGGACAAGACGUGGGCAAUCGUCUAUUUGCAUGAACGGCACGUCUAACGAGCAGCGAGAAGCUAUCGCCCCCGAACAAUUCGCCACCAAUAGCGGAUGGAGCGCAGAGCGGAUCUAG